AUGUGCGGGUUCCAGAAGGCAGUGCAGAAGAAGAAGAUGCGAUCACUGGAACAAGAAAUUUAUUUUCCUGACGUUUCGGAUUCUGUCGCGAUGUACGGUCUUCUCGGAAUUCGAGGCUCUGAGACGGCUUACCUGGGUCAAAUGUCCCCUGAGCAACAUGUAAAAACCUUCUUCAAGCGGCUUGAUCUCGAUGGCGAUGGUUCAAUCAGUCGUGAAGAAUUUUACCGUGGAGCCCUUGUUGAUCCUACAAUACUACAGAUUUUGAAGCUAGUUCGAUUAAUUUAA